AUGUCCGGCCCGUACAGCCAGUUCCUGGAUCUCGACAACACCCGGGAUCCGUACGCCUUCGAGGAUCCAGACAUCUUCCAGGACCCAAUCCUCAACGACAUGUCUCUCUUCGGACCUGAUGAGUACCAGCAGUCAUACAACCCUCAGUCGCAGUACCAGCAACCAUACAACCCCCCUCAGUCGCAGUAUCAGUCGCCAUACACGAACAACUUCCAGCAGUCGAACUACCAGUCUCCAUACAACAACAACCCCUACCAGCAACCCUUGAACAAUAACGCCUGCAUCCAUCCUCCCCCUCCUCCCCAACAGACGCUCACCGAAACCGCAGAGCCCCUCUCCAAACGUCUCCGAUCUCGUCACCCAAAGCCCAUCCCCGUCCCCGCUCGCUCAACGACACCCGACGGUGAACCCCCCUACCACCUAACCCUCUUCUCCUCCCACAACCUCCCAGGCACAGUCUCCUCCCUCCUAACAGCCCACCUCCAAGUCCCCCUCUACACAACCCUCGAAGAGCGCACCCGCCGCGAGAACGAAAUCAAGCACCUCUUCUCCGCCAACACAAACACAACUCUCCCCCCUCCCUCGCCGCGCGUGAAGAAUCUCCCAGACCUCACCGACUCCUCCUCCUCGGCCACAAAGAUCUACAAAAUCCGCGCCGCCCCCUGCCCCCCCGAGAUUACCUCCCUCCCCCCUCAACCCGACCUCGGCAAAUUCAUCAAAAUCGACGAUUCUCUCGGCCCCAAAGACGACCCCCGGCGCAUACAGGCAAUGGACUACAACAACCACCUGGCAGCCUUGCGCCUCCGCAACCUCAAGAACCGCAACAACGUCGCCGCGAUGCGCAGCCGGAACCGGCGUGACAGGGCAGCGGUGCUCCGCGCCGAGGAGGCGAGCUUCGCGAAGGCGGAGUGUCGGUACUGGAAGGCCAAGGCUAUCGCUGCUGGCGCGGACCCAAAGGGUUGGGAGUAUUUGCCGGAUGUGGCCAAGGAGGCCGUCGCUGCGGAUUACCGUAUUGACGCGUUGGAUUUCUUCCAGGAUGUGGGCGAGGUUGCGCCUGCUACGCCCAAGAAGGUCCUCAAGAGAAAGCGUUGA